AGUGGAUCGGCCUCUUUUCCUGCCAGCGCACUGAUUGAAAACUACAACCAUCUCAUGACAACGAUGAAAAUAUGGCAGCUGGAACGGUAAAGACUUUCAGUCGUGUUGGGAGUCUUAUGCGGAGUAAAUCUGAGGGGACGCUGAUUGAUCUGGAUGACAGUGCCUCAGCCAGUGACAACCUGAAUGGUGGGUAUACAACACAAAUUACACAAAACUCCAAGUGGCCACUUUUACAGCCAGAAGUCGCACUUUCAUCUCAGCCAAAAAAUCCCUUUUGGGACAAACUGUCUGGAUCAAAUCCUUUCUUAGAUGACAUCGUCCACAACAGCUCCGACAACCACAGUUCCAACACAUCAAAUGUAAAACAAGACAACAAAAAACAUUUGGACGCAAAUAUCUAUGACAACAUUAGCACAUCUUCUGAUGAAGGCAAUGUGGGGAACUUUUUGGAGAACAAACACAAAGUCAGUCACAGAUCUGGGAGAUGGAGAAGUGCUUCAGACAUCCUGGAUGAUCUGGAGAGAAAAGUGCCAAAACGGGAGAAUAGUUUCAGACCACCAGGACCGGUGCUGAAUCCAGAUUUUGAGUGGCUAAAGAAUGACAGAGAGGCCUAUAAGAUGGCCUGGCUGAGCCACAGGCAGCUCACACGCUCAUGUCUGGACUUAAAUGUGAUGAGCCAGAGUCCAGGGUGGGCUCAGACCCAGGCCACUGACUUUCAGGUUAUCUGCAAGAUUGGCCACACCGGAGGCUCUGUAAAGUUACCAGACUCAAAAAUUAGCAUCCAAAUCCCAGAGGGCCAUGUUCCUCCUGGAGAAGUCCAGGAAGUUACACUGAAAGCAAUGCUAGACCCUCCUCCUGGACUCAAUAACAACUAUAUGACAACCAUGAGUCCACUUCUAGAGGUGGUCCUCAGCAACAUCAACACAAAAGAGCGUAUCUGUCUGGAGAUUAAAAUGUCUGGAGAGGUGAAGAGUGACCCCUUAAGUCAGGUGAUGACAACUGUGAGCGGGCUGGUGUCCAACAAAAGAGAGGGACCUUAUCUUAAAGUGAACGACUGUAACAUUUACAAGAACAUGAUGCAGAUGAAACUGCAGGACCUGAAGACACAUUUUUAUGUGAUUGCAGUCGCAGAAGCCUCUGCAAUCCAGUGCCCUGCCACAUCAGUGUGGGAUUACCUUGACCGCCAAAUCACAGUAGCAGUUUACGGCCCCAGGUACAUCCAUCCAUCAUUCAUGGUUGUAAUAGUGGUUUGCUGUCAUGAGGACGUUCCAUCAAAACUUCCAUUUUCAGUUAUCUGCAGAGGAAACAAAAACCUGCCUCCGCUUGUGCUGCAGCUUUGGGGAAAACAUGGGUUUAAACCAGACAAAGUGAAUGACCUGCACAUCGGAAUUAGCCUCACAGACCCGAUGUUCAGAAUCAAACCUGAGGACAAACUGAAAGAAGUGAGACAAAGUCAGCUCAAAAUAGGGACAGUUUUGCAUCUGCCAGUUGCGUUAUCUUGUCCUAGUAACGCAGUAAUGACUCCUUUUAAAUUAGAUAUACAAGUAAAGGAAUCAAACGCAACUGUUGCACAUUUCCAAGUGUCUUCCCCCCCAACAGCUCCCAUCAGAUCAGAAAAGCGAGUGCCAAGGCACACAGAGAAGAGGAUUGAAAUGGCGAGAUCCUCACCUAUUCCUGAGGAAAGUGUUCCAUAUCUCCCCAAAUUCACAGACAGACCUGUGAACCUACAGUGGUAUGGUGUAGCCCUAAAGUCAGUCCUCCGUCAGCCACGUGUAGAGUACCUUCUAGAGUAUUUCAAGGGCGACACUGUUGCUCUCCUAUCCAGAGAGAGUGUUAAAUCAGUGGGUAACUCAAAAGUAAAGGAGUGGUAUAUCGGAUUCCUCCGAGGCAGGACCGGUUUGAUUCACUGCAAAAACGUCAGAGUCAUAACUAGAGACCAAGUGAUCGACUUCACUGGCAUCCAAAUCACCACAGAGGUUCUCUUGGACAACAUGACGCUGCCCUUCAAGAAGCUUACUUACAUGUACUCCGCCAUCCAGACGCUGGUCAUCCAACACAUAAGCAGCUGGAGAGGUUUUGCUGAUGCAUUAGGGUACAGCAACCUGUCAUUAGACACCAUCACACGGAGGUACGCUGAAACUGAGGCUGACAAAGUGGCCUGCGUACUGGAAAAGCUGAAGGAAGACUGCCAUACUGGGAAGACCAGGAAAAAGUUUCUGCAUGAGCUCUUGCUGGGUCUGUUGAAGAUGGACUCUGUGAAUCCCAUGGCCCAGCUGAUUCAGAACACUGUCAUUCUGUCCACUGCUGUGGAGCUGGGAGUUCGAUGGCGGGAGCUCGCUGAGAAGAUGGGAAAACUCUCCAGUACUCAGAUAGCGGGCUAUGAGGCACCACACCGAGGGAAGAGCGGAGAAAUCUGUCCCCAGUCAAUGUGGAAGCCUGCCUAUGACUUCCUGUACUCUUGGAGUCUGCGUUAUGGAGACAGCUACAGGGACAUGAUCCAGGAUCUGCACUUGGUCCUCGACAAAAUGAAAAACCCCGUCACCAGAAGUUGGAGGCAGCUGACUGGUGCCCUCAUCACAGUGAACUGUCUCGAUGUCUUUCGAGCCUCUGCAAACCCACAUUCCUAAACCUUAUGCAAACGCACUCUGGUGGUGACAUUAACCUCCACGCACUUGGGCAAAACAGAGACAGAGAGCUUUUUGUUACACAGUUUUUUUGUUUCCAUAUUGUUUUGCUUGCUUUGAUAUCACACAAAACAACUUUAUUGAAAUUCAAUCAAGUACUUGCACUAUAUCUCUACAUUUACUGUAGUUCUCAUUUAGCGAGUGUAAAAUAUAUUUCUCACGAUGUGUGAGCUGUGAAGGUCACUAGAUCUUGAAAACAGAAGAAAAUGCAGUGUAGUUUGUUACUUUUCUCUAUAUGUCUGUGCACGUGUGAUGAAGCCUUAAAGUGAAAAUUCAUUUUGGUAGGUCAUUUUCAGUCAAAUGUUAAGAGGUCAGUAGUUCAGCUUUCUCAGGUGUCAAUAAUCUCAAUUGUUUUAUUGGCAUUUUUUUUCAUCCUUUACUCAUUUGCCUUUCAACAAUAGGCUAAUAUUAUGCAAUUUAGAUAACUCUUCAUUUUUUUAAUUAAUACAUUUACUGGUUCUGCAAAUCUUCAUUACCUAAAGAGAAGAUUUUUUAAUUAUUAUUUAUGUAUACUUAAAUCAAUAAAUAUAUACAUUUUUUAUUAGGAUCCAUGCAUCCUGUGAACAUUUGUGUCAGUGGUAUUUUAAAGUUUUAGUUUUCUGUAGUAUGUUUUUUAAGAAAUAGAAUGGAUAGCCAGCAAACCAAUAAAUGUGAACACUGUUGCUGUACUGACAAUACAUUGAUCGUUAUUGAAGUGUGUGUGCCAAAUUAAGAAUGUUGUACCAAAGUGAAAAGUUUUCUGAUGCCAGUAAACAAACCAUAAAGAUGCUACUAUACAGGGGUCAUAAACUUACGUCGUCUUAAAUAUUAAUGUAUUUGCUAUUUUUGUAAUGUAAUUUUGUGGAUAUGUACAAAGCAGAUCAUUUCACAAGGUAGAGGAUGUAAUGUUACGUAUUCAUUGUGUUGAUGUUUGUAUGAUCAUGUUUUUGUUGCCAAACAGAAACCUCAGUGUUUAGAGUGUUGCAAUAUA